AUGAAAAUAGAUUUAGAUCAACAAUGCUACAACUCAUUCGAUAUUAUGACAUUGACAGCGUCUACUAAACACCCAAUAAAGCAUAUAUGGGGGCCUCAUUAUAAGCAAUUUGUCGAGUGCUACAAAUAUGACCCCGAAGUAAAAGAAACAGUAAUCACAAUUCAUGGAGGUGGCUGGGUAAACCAUAGAAGACAUCCAAAUGAUUUUGUUCCAUUGGUAGAAAAAGUUGACUUUAAGGCAAACUAUUUCAGUGUUGAUUACAGAACUUCAGCUUCAAUAUUGAGUGAUUACGGUAGACCUGAUUCUUUAGAAACUUAUAUUAAGGCACCUUUCCAUUUAAUUGAUGUUCUUAAGGGUAUCCAAUUCAUCUUCAACAACUAUAAAGUAUCUAAAUUACAUCUCGCUGGACAUUCAGUUGGUGCUGCUUUAGUAUUUCAAAUUCUUGAUUUUAUACCAAUAGUUACCCAUGGUUUAUCAGAGUUGGUUAAACACAAGAUAAUCACUAAAUCCAUCGAACAAGAGAAUUUGGACUUUAUUCAUGAUUUUUCAAAAGAAUGGUAUUCUAUAAAACUGUGCAAUACUUUCCACUUAGCAGGUAUUUAUGAUCUUCCAUUAGCUUUAAAAGAACAUGAAGAGUUAGAAAAAAAUGGUGAUCUGGAAUGGACUGAAGGAUUCAUUUAUAUACUUGACUCACAUGUUUCUAAAGAACAUUAUUCAGAAACAUUACAGACGACCUCAUCAAUAAUCAAAGAGCCGUUCCAGACAGUUAAACCCAAAGGUUUACAUGUUGUUCUUCACCCAAUAAACGAUGAACAUAUCUUCAUAUCACAACCUUCAAGCCUCAUCAACUGGUUUUACAAGUCAAAACUACCAGUCGAUUUCCAUUUAAAUGACUAUGGUUUACAUGGGGGACCUUUGAAUAACGAAAAAGCCUUUGAACACAUCACCAAAGUGCUUAAAGACACUGAAAAUGUAUAG